CUAGCAUGGAAGAACUUUCCAAAAUAAUAAGAAAACGCGAAAAACGUACAAGAAAUUAGAAAAGAACGCAAAGAAGGCUCUUCCCGGCAUCCUUUCUUAAAGACAAAAACAAAAUCCAAUCGGCAAAAAAUCUCAGUGAAGGAAAAAUACAACAGCAACAAGUCGGAUCCGGAUUCGGGUCUGUCCGUAUGAUUCGAUUUCAUUCUCCGGUGGCGGCAGAGAAAGAGGCGGAGCAUUUUGUGAGCCUAACAAUGGAGGACGAUAAGAAGAAGAAGAAGAGGAACAAGAAGAAGAAGAACAAGCAGGACGAGGCCACCAACGAUGUUCUGUUUCCGGCAACGGACAAGUUUCUCAGGCAGCCGGAGAUGUUCAUUCCGACGAUGCCUCGUCCGUCGGCAAUGGCCAGGUUUCAGAGGCCGGUGCGGGUGCUCGUUCCGAUGCUGUGCGAGACGGAGACGGAUAUGUGAACGGGAAGAAGCAUGAGAGCAAUGGCACGGAAUCUAGAUUAUUAGCUGAAUCUGAGAAAAAAUGGCUCCAAAGAGAGAAAAUAACCAGUUUUUACAGGCUACAUUAGAAGAAACAAUCAAACAAUUACAAAUCGAAAGGGACAUAUAUAUACGGAAGGAGGCUACAUUAAAGGAUACUGUUAAACAAUUACGGAAUGAGAAUGCUUCGCGUAUACAGAAAGAGGCAACAUUACAUGAUACAAUUAAGCAAAUGCGGGAUGAAACGGAUUCACAUACACAGAAAGAGGCUGGUCUACAGAUGGAAAAUGAACAUUUACAGAGCGAAAAAGUUUUGUGGCUUCAGAAAGAGGUUGGAUUAGAGGACAAAAUUGGUCGGUUAGUAGAUGAAAAAGGCACUUUGCAUUUGGAAAAGACAAGCUUACAGGAAAAGUUUAAACAUCUAGAGGGAGAUAGAGAGACCUGGACUCUAAAGGAGGAUUCGUUUAAAGGAACGUUAGCAACUCUGAAUGACGAUAUUGCUAGAUUACGAGCACAGGUGUCGGAAUUGGAACAAUCCAGGAAUAAUCUUGUACAAGAAAAUCAACAGCUGAUGGAAAACAUUUCUAGUUUGCAGUUGCAAAUUAAGAAUCUUGAGAGUGUCUACUCUACUCCAGCAUCAGACAAACUUGCAAAGCAGGCUUCGGAACAUGAGGAAUUGAACUCUCAGGUUGAAGCAGCAUGUUCACUAGUUGAGAAAUUAGUUGCAGAGAAUGCAGAGCUUGUUGAGAAGGUGAAUGAGUUGUAUGGUGAACUUGACCGACGGAGCCUCACAGUUGAACUUGCUUCAACAACAGAAUCUAAUACACCAGUUGUACCUCCUGAAACUGCCAGUGUCAUUGAUCCCGUGUCCCUAUCCACUGAGGAUAUGUCGACGUCAGAUGAGAAGCUUGAUUCCCCCAAAGUUGUUCCAAUCAAACAGGAGAUGCAUAGUAAUGGUAACAUGGAUUCUGAACAUGAUGCUUUAGUUCCAGAACUGCCAGUAUCCGAUGAAGUUAGUGAAAUUGUUCAAAUUCCGUUGGAUGAGAAUGAAGUCAGAAAUCUAGAGGUGUCUCUCGAGAAUGACAAAAAUGCCGGUGUGCCACUCGUAGAAGCUCCCUUGAUUGGUGCUCCUUUCCGGUUAAUGUCAUAUGUUGCUAGAUAUGUUAGCAGUGCUGACUUAGUUAACAAGGGAUCUGCUUAACUCUAGUUAUUUAGCUUUCUACCUCGCCAUGAGCAGGGGCAUAAUUUCCUGAGAUUUUUGUCGAAGUAAGAAAUACUAUUCGUUUAGAGAUUAAAGACAGGCCUUUACUUUGGCCAUUUACAUUGUUAAAGUAUCAGAAUCUGUAACUUGUGUUGAAGAAAUACUUGUAAGCUGUGUGUUUUUCGCAGCAAGACAACACUUAGUUCAUCAACCGCACCUUCUUUUAUA